ACAUGAUAAAACUGAUAAACUGGCGAGCUUAAACAGUUAAGUGUGUACCGAACUGACUUGUACACACAUCUAUUUGUUCAUAUCGGCGUCCCAUUUUAUGAAAUUCAUGCGAUAAUUAUAUACUUUGCAACAUUGGCUGUUUUAUGGAAUAAAAGGUAAAGAAAGAAGAAAUUUGGUUGUUUUAGCAGGAAACGCUUACAUGUGAUAAAGAUAUUACAUUUGCACGCCUGGUAAACUACAGAGCUACCUCUUUAAGAGGUAUACGAUAAACUGCUCUGUCGCAACUUCCGAGGUAGUGCACGUCGAGAUAAAAGAACAUCAACAAAGAUUUCCCAGUACAGAGAUGGCGCUAUUCAUCUACAAAGCACUGUUUGGUAUAGGGGUCAUAGUAGCACUUGCAGCUUUCUAUGCACGACCAGUCUAUCCUGAAACUGCCAGCAACCGAGGGUUGAAGACUUUCAGUGGACUUGCCUUCAAAUUCAUCGGUGUUUUGAGUCAUAUUGGUGGAUAUUUUGGACUUUCGCCUCUUAACAGCACGAGAUCAAUGUUGAACAUCUUAACUUUUAUGGACAAGAAAUCGCCCAACGUCGAGAGAUAUACAACGACAAUGGAUGGAGUAGAGGUGAUUGUAUUCAAGCCAGCUGGACAUACGGAUGACCUCCGUCCCGGAAUAGUUCAUUACCAUGGUGGUGGAUGGGUCCUUAUGUCGCCAGAUAUGUAUGCCGCUUUCUCCGAGCAGGUCGUUGAAGAAUCUGGAAGCGUUCUUGUCUCCGUAAAUUACAGGCUUGCCCCGGAACAUCUUUACCCUAUUCCUUUGGAAGACUGCUUGACUGCGACCAGAUACUUUCUUAGACAUGCAAGAGACUACGGAGUAGAUGAAAAUCUGAUCGGCAUUAAAGGCGACAGUGCUGGUGGAAAUUUUGCUAUGGCUGUUGCCCUCAAACUUUCGAAAGAAAAGGACUUACCAAGUCUUAAAUUCAUGUCCGUAGAUUAUCCAGCCCUUCAAGCAUUUGACUUCGACCUGCCCUGUUACAAGAAGUACGAAACUGGACCCGGCGUGCUAACAAAGCAAGUAAUGAUUUUCUACUGGCUUCUCUAUGGGUUUGGUCACCUGGAGUAUUACGAUAUGCUUUACAACAAUAAACAUGUAAACACUGAACUAAAAGACUCAAUAUACGCAGCUUACGUCAGCAAAGACCUUUUGCCAACCAGUAUAAGAAACGAAAAUCAGGAUAAAACAUCGGAAAAGACAAAUGAUAAAAACAGCAAUGAGAUUAAAGUACCAAAGGAAAUAAUAGAGAAAAUUACAGAUCCACUGUUUGCCCCUUUAAUGGCUUCCGAUGAAGAUCUUCGCCUGCUUCCUCCCACCUACAUAUUUAACGUAGAAUUCGACGUUCUAAGAGAUGAUGGUCUAAUUGUUGCCGAACGACUUGAACGAGUCGGGGUGAAAGUUACCAAAAGGUUUAUGUCUACAGAGCAGCACGGAUAUCUUAAUUUUGUUUCGCGGGAUAAAAGUAUACGACAAGAAAACAUACGUUUUGCUAAGUUUUUGAAUGAGACACUAAAAAUAUGAGUGUAAGAUAUAUCCCUAUACUUUAGUAAACUACUUAUAGAAUUUGCAGCUGUAGAAACAAAGUAAAGCCAUCUGGAAUUUUAUGACUGAAUCAUCAUAGAAAACUCUUCAAAAUGCAUGUGCUCAUAUAAAAACGUGUCAGUAUUCACUAAAAAUGAAUACUACAAAUACAUAUACAUUUAAAUACAUUAUUGAUAGAUAAUCAGGAAAAUAUCUGAUUGUGUAAUAGUAAUAGUUAUUAUGAUUUUAUCGUGUGAAUUAUUUACAUUUUUAAUUUUUAUUUUUGUCACGUUUUACUUCCGAUAAUGCCAGACCAUAAGUUUUUUAUGUAAAUUCAACGUGAUCUUAAAACUUUAUUUUCAUCUCAUUUUGGAUUGGUUGGCAUAACGUUUGUUUUAAUUUUACUAUAAUUACAUAUAGGUAUUGAAGCGUGGAUUUUAAAAUAUUUGCUUUUAAAGUUUAAGGACCAUAUGUUUGUUUAUUGUUAUUAUUAUUAUUAUUAUUAUGAAAUAGUUUACAGAAAGGUCAAAUUAAUAUUCCUGGAAAGUACAAAGGUAACUAUGAGCAAAAUAAAUUGUUGCAUGUCAAUUAAUUCACUAAAUUUAAUAGUGUAGCCAGCUUAUUACAGACUAUCAGAUAUCGCUUUUCUUCUGUUAUCGCUUUUCCUCUUUCCACCAUUAGAAUAUGGAAUGAUAUUUAGGUAAAUAUUACACAAUGCCUGCCGACUGUUACAAUUUACUCACCGACACUCCCAUUGUGCUUACUGGUAUAGUAAUCAUGCAUGCUGGCACCUUUAACACGCUUGUUGACAAUGAUACCACGCUUGUGGACAAUGAUACCAUGCUUGCUGACAAUGAUACCAUGCGUGCUGAAAGUUACAACUUCUUUGCUGCUUAGACCUUGAUGUCUAUAUCAUAAUUUCAUUUGGCAAAAUGACAGUGCCGUUUAGCGUAUUGGAAUAUUUCAACAUGCCGGGACUGUAUAUAAGCAACAUUGCACAGUUACAAUGCUCACAGAAGAAAAUACACGAUGUGACCACACAAUAUGAAAGAUGCAAUCAGCCACCAAGCAAGUUGAAAGUAAGCAUAAUGCAAAGUGCAACAUUGCACGUCACAUUUUGAUACCAGGGGGUGCAAGUUCGUAGUUUUCACGAAAGGUAACGGGAAUAUCCGGCCUAUAACAGAUUUUAAUUAGCUCUUGGCUAAACCAUUUGCUAUCAGUUAUGUCCCUUUGUUUCAAUUAUUCAAUUAUUAUUCGCCCCCUGGUAUCAAAAUGUGACGUGCAGUGUUGCACUUUGAAUUAUGCUUACUUUCAACUUGCUUGGUGGCUGAUUGCAUCUUUCAUAUUGUGUGGUCACAUCGUGUAUUUUCUUCUGUGAGCAUUGUAACUGUGCAAUGGUGCUUAUAUACAGUCCCGGCAUGUUGAAAUAUUCCAAUACGCUACACGGCACUGUCAUUUUGCCAAAUGAAAUUAUGAUAUAGACAUCAGGGUCUAAGCAGCAAAGAAGUUGUAACUUUCAGCACGCAUGGUAUCAUUUCCAGCAAGCAUGGUAUCAUUGUCAACAAGCGUGGUAUCAUUGUCAACAAGCGUGUUAAAAGUGCCAGCAUGCAUGAUUACUAUACCAGUAAGCACAAUUGGAGUGUCGGUGAGUAAAUUGUAACAGUCAGCAAGCAUUGUGUAAUAUUUACCUGAAUAUCAUUCCAUAUUAGAAGCUAUACAAUAUGUCAAUGUAUCAACAUUCCAUUCUGAUAUUAUAUUAUAUAUCAUUUUCAUGUUUUCACCUUAAACUAUUUAGCUUGUUAUGGAAGCCAAUACGGUAAGGAAUUCGGAAUUUAGGAUUGAUUUAGUAGAAUUAUUUACCAAACCAGAAUCAUUUGAAAAGUGUACUUGAGUUAUUUGGUAAAUAUAUAAAACAUGGUUAAAAAUCACGAAUAUUACAUAAUUAUAUCAUUAUACUACCAUUUUACUCCACUCCUAUCAUCAAUCUUAUUACGGUAAACAAAAAGUUACACGACAACUUUAAAUACAUCAUCUGAUACUCCAAACUUCUGUUAAAUCACGAGAUAUAUAUUUGAGCCGUGCCAUGAGAAAACCAACAUAGUAGGUGUGCGACCAGCAUGGAUCCAGACCAGCCUGCGCAUCCGCGCAGUCUGGUCAGGCUCCAUGCUGUUCGCUUUUAAAGCCUUUUGGAAUUGGAGAAACUGUUAGCGAACAGCAUGGAUCCUGACCAGACUGCGCGGAUGCGCAGGCUGGUCUGGAUCCAUGCUGGUCGCAAACCCACUAUGUUGAUUUUCUCAUGGCACGGCUCAUUUCAUUUACAUCUUUUUAACUUUUUCAUUAUUAUAAUUGUGUUAACCAGUUUUUGAUAUUCAGUGUUCUAGACGUUCUUAUUGGACAUGUAUGAAGUGUUUACAGCAUGUUCACACCAGUAGUAGCUACUAGCGUUUAAUGUGUGCCUAAUUCAUCGUAUUUGUGUAUAUGUCUUGAGUAAAUUGAAUGUUAAAAUGAAGAUGAAUCCAAACAAAUCAUUUGUUUUUAUGACAGUAUUAUGUAAUGGAGAAGUUAUUUAUAUUGGCCUGAUUAAAACGAUAAUGUAAACUGUAUGCCGUGUAGUAUAUAUUUUAUUAUAAUCAUGUAAGAGUUACUGUAAUAUAAAGAAUUGGUGUCCUUCGUUUUGUCGCUUCAUGUUAUAAUACAUAGAAUGACUUUG